AUGGUGUCCCAGAGCAAUUGGCCGGUUCGAAUAGUGCUUCUUGAUCCUCCUCCUCUUGAUGAGGUGGCUGCCGCGGUACACAAUGAACUUCAGUCGAAUUUCAACGCAUCAAGUGCUUCGAUUUCUGUCCCGCCCGACCUCCGCCAACCCCCGUUCCACCUCGCUGGCCCGGGUCUCUCCGGAAAUACACGCAUCGCAGACAUAGGCGGCCAGGCCAAUCUCUUCCCCUCUCCUAAUCUGGACAAGCGGUAUGACCUGCUCAGCAUUUCCGAGCUCAUGGAUAUGAGGAGUGGUGUCCUGAUCGGAGCAGGUGCCGGGCCGUUCUUCGACCUGGGGCAGAAUAUAGAGCUGAUGCCAAACAUUGCGUUCGGCCCUGCCUCGGACAGGGAGCUGACGAACUACACCCGCUAUGCCAAGGUUCUGGACGACGGCAGCGCUCUAUGCGAGGGAAUCGGCGCCUCGACAAGUUGCGCGAUGAUGUGUAACCUGUUUGGCUGCGACGGGGAGACGGGACCGUUGCUGCACAUCAAGGUGAAGGGCAGGAGAGGACAACUGAAUUUCACGGAGGCUAUCCAGAAGGGCCUUGCAGAUGUCUACGGCGACCGGCUGAUCAGCUUGGGCGGCGUAUUCGUCGCUCGCUCGGGGAAGCUGAAGAUGCACGUGAUGCCGGACUUUCCUGAUAAACCUUUCCAGAGUCGGGACGAGGUCGAACAAUGGCUUCACUUCUUUGAUAUGGACACGCCGAUGGUCUGUUUGGCCGUCCUGCAUUCCGGCGACGACAAAGACCUCGGACUCAGAAAGGAACAUACCCACUGCUUUGGAGCCGACGAUGCUGAGGAAAAUCGCAGAGGCGGUCACUACCACUUUGAUCUGGAUGAAACGAUGGAUACAGUGGAGUAUGAAGGGUGGUUCAAUGUUGCUGAAGUCCUGUACAAGAUCGACUAG